AUGAAAAUAAAAUUUAGAAUAUUUAUAAUAUAUUAUUUAUUAAUAUUUUUAUUAUUAUCAUCAAAUGGUAAUGUAAAAUCUUAUGAAUUAGAAUUAUAUGAUACAAAUGAAAAUAUAUCACCACCGGUUGGUGACAAUUUAUUUGGUGAAGGGGUUGGAGAAGAGAUUGAACAACAUUCAGAUUCGUUACCACCACCACCAGAUACAAUGGAUCCAAAAAUUAUUCCUUCAAUUGAUACUUCUGAGCCAAAGCCGACUCAAAAACCAUCACCAAAACCUAAAGUGACAACUAAACCAAAAACCACAACCACAAAGCCAUCAAUAACUACUAAACCCAAGACUACAACAAAACCAAAACUAACAACACCACCACCACCAACAAAGGUAACAAAAAUUUCAACUAAAGCUCCAACUGAAUUACCACCAACAAUUAAAUUCAGUACAACUUCAACAACUAAAGAACCAUCAAUUAGUAAACCAGCAACUAAACUUACAACUACCAAAUCUUUAACUUCAAAAGUAGUUCCUGAAACAACUUUAACUGAUACAACAACUUCCAAGGUAAAGUCAACAGCAACCACUACUACUGCCACUACUACUUCUACAGCCUCUACCACUGGCACAACUUCAAAGGCAAAGUCAACAACCACCACUGGAGUUGCAACAACAUCAAAAUCAAAAUUACCAACUACUUUAUCAUCUACAACAACUGGAAAAGCUACAUUAGUACCAAAGAAAACUUUAACACCAACAAAAACUACAGCAACAAUUUCUUCAAUCCCAAAGAUUAAAGAUUCAUCAUUGGACCAAGAUUCAUCAUCAACAUUACCAUUGGAUUCUUUAGAUUCAUUUAGUGUUUCAGGUGAUGAAAAAACAAAAAUAAAACCACCAAAGAAAUCAACAUCGUCAUCAUCUGAUGAAAAUGAAAUUUCAGAGAGUAUCACAACCCAAGAAUUAUCAGAUGAAGUUGAUCCUUUACUUUCAUCAUCAUCAUCAUCACUUGCAACAUCUGGUAAAAUAACUUGUUCUGAAGAUGUAACUGAUACAAUGUCAACUGAUGGUAAUUUCAUUGGUUCAAUUUCAUCAAUUGCAAAUAAUCCAUAUUCUUGUACUUUAUUAAGUGAAAAUGUUCAAUAUACACAAUCUGGUACUAAAAAUGUAAUGAGACUCACUCUUGAUAAUAAAGGUUGCCCUUCAAAAUGUCUUAAUAAUAGUUAUACUUGCGCUGAAGUUGAAUCAACCCAAAAAUUGUCAUAUGGUACUUAUACUUUUAAUUUAGUUCCUUCUCCUGCAACAAAUUCAAUUACAAAAGCAUAUAUCGCAUCAGGUGGUAAAGGUCAAUAUUCUGAUAUAUUUUUUAAAAUUAAUGGUAAUUCAACCAAUUUAUAUUAUGGAUAUACAUAUUUUGGAGUAUUAGUACAAUUUAUAGAACCAUUACCAGGUGCAGAUUUUACAUUAUUCCAUAAUUAUACAUUUAUUUAUACAACAACUGGUAUUUCUUGGUAUUUUGAUAAACUUUUAUUAAAGAAUAAAAUUGAUGCAACCUAUGCAAGUAGUGGUGCGAGAAUUCCAGUACCACCAAUGAACUAUUAUGUAUCAUUAACAAAUAAUCAAGAAAAGAGUAUUUCAUCAACCAAAUUACCAACUUUUGCAGAGCUUUCAUUGUUUAACUAUGUUUCAGCACCAUGUUUGAAUGGAUCAUCAGAGGAUACAAAUUCUGAACUCUAUACUAAUUGGAAAACUUCACCAAUUGGAUAUUUCACAUCAAAUUGUACAAGCUAUAGACCAGUUGAUAUCUAUAAUGAUACCUUUCAAGGCUUUUGGAAAGAUAAAUCAAAUACAUUGGUAAUUAAUCCAAGUUCACAAUUUGUUAGAACUGGUAAUAGUAUUGGUUUUGCAUUGAAUCGUGGUUCUGAUUAUUUCCGUCUUCAUAUUAAUGAAACCGUACCAAUUAAAAGACAUAAAUAUCUAUCGUUUUGGUUAAAUGGUGGUAAUAGUGGUAAACAAUCAUUGGUACUUUAUCUAACCUAUAAUUCAUUGAGAGUUGGUAUUGCCAAUAUUGGUGAUUACCUUUUGGGUGGUAUUGAAGCUGGUGUUUGGUAUAAAGUUAUUAUACCACUACUCCAAAUUCCAAUUAAUCCAUCAAACAUCACCAAAAUCGAUGGAUUCAUGAUUCAGGGUACCAAUAGUUUAUUUAUGGAUAUGGUUUAUUUGGAUGAUAUUCAAUUCUCAAAUGGUUCAGUUUGUAUGGAUUUAAAGAAUAAAACCAAUAUAAUCUACUAUGAUAAGGGUGAAUUUGAAGGUGGUGCAAAUAAUACCUAUAGUAGUGGUAAUAUUAAUUUUAAAAGUCGUGCAAACUUUUACAAAGGUUAUCCAACGAUUGAAUACCAAGUAUCAAGUUUUAACAAUCUAUUGAUCUCUCUAGAAAAUGGUACAUUGGAUACUAACCUAUACGACGGUAUUGUAUUUGAUCUUUACUUUGAGCCAGAUCCAAAUUACCAAUUCCCAGGUUUAGAAAAUACUGAAUCCAAUGAAGACAUUCUAAGGAAUAUACCUCCAAAGCAAUUGAAUGCUGCAAUUUGUUUAGGUGAAGAAACUAUCAAUGCCCAGCUACCAUGCAUGGGUAUCACUCAAUAUGUUGGUGGUGAAUUCCCUGCAAAUCGUUGGAUUGAAUUACAAAUUCCUUUCCCUGAUUUAUUUGCUUUUAAAAAUGCCAUGAUCACAAGUUUAUCUUUUAAAACCAAUGUUCCUGAACAUCAAGGUUCACUUUAUAUUGGUAAAAUUAUGGCUGCUCAUUUUGUACCACCUUUCCAUGAAGCUGAAGAUAGUAGUUUUGGUUUUUCAAUUAUUUAUUCUACAACUUGUUUCAAUUUAUCAUUGAUAACUUUAAUUUUUAAUUUAAUAAUUUUAUUUAUUUAA